AUGGGAUCACUGCUGAAAAGGGUCUUCAAUAGAAUUUCUGGGUUUUCUAAUUCUUGGAAAAGGAACCAAUCACCUAGCAGCAGAAGAACUUUCCAUGGGGAUGUUGAACAAGAAGAAUUUCAGUUUGCAAGCACUCAUUGUCUCUCAUCAUACUACAGUGUCUUUGUUGUCCGCCUCGCCAUCAUGGUCAUGCUGGCAAUUUUAAUUGGGCUGCUAACCUUAUUAACAUGGCAUUUUACAAGGGUAUAUACAAGAAGAUCACUACAAACUUUAGCAUUUGGCCUUCGUACUGAACUUCUACAGCGUCCCUUAUUACGAAUGUGGAACAUCUUGAACUCCACAGUUGAAAUAACAACAGCUCAGGUUAAGCUGUCGCAGUAUGUAAUCAGACGGUACAGCAAGCCUGCUAAUCAAGAACAGCAAGUUGAGCUAUAUGAACUAAUGAAAGAUGUAACUUGGGCACUAUUUGCAAGUCGUAGAGCUCUUAAUUCAAUAACCAUCAAUUAUAGAAACGGUUUUGUCCAGGCUUUCCAUAGAGAUCACAGUAGUAACAACACCUUCUACAUAUACUCUGAUCUAGUAAACUAUUCGAUUAGUGGUUCUGACAAAAUCAACAUGCUAUCAUCUCGUCAAGGAUGGAAUGAUCAAUCAAUACGCAGUAAUUUCUCUGCGAUAUGGUACCGAGAACCACUUGAUCCUGUCACUGGUGAAAAGAUGGGAAAAUCAAGGCCAAUCCCUCCAGAUGAUCUGAUUAAUAUCGCAGGCCUUUCACAAGUACCCGAUGGUGCUGCCUCAUGGCAUAUAGCGGUAAGCAAGUACACAGAUUCACCAUUACUUUCUGCGGCAUUGCCAGUUUGGGAUGCUUCCAAUGAAAGUAUAGUGGCUGUUGUUGGUGUUACUACCGCACUUUAUAGUGUGGGGCAGUUAAUGAAAGAACUUGUUGAAGUCCACAGUGGACACAUCUACUUGACCUCUCAAAAGGGUUGGUUGCUGGCUACUUCAUCAAAUACUCCUCUGUUAAUGAAUUCAACAAGGGGGCCAAAGCUAAUGAUGGCAGUUGAUUCUGAGGAUCAUGUGAUUCGAGCAGGAGCUGAGUGGUUGCAUAGAGCAUAUGGCAACAAAUUUCCUUCAACUAAUGAGGUUCACAUUGAGAAUGCCAAGCUUGGGCACCAGCUGUAUUAUAUUGACUCAUUUUUCCUGAACUUAGAGAGACUUCCUAUGGUUGGUGUUAUCAUCAUUCCAAGGAAAUAUAUAAUGGGGAAAGUGGAUGAUAGAGCCUUCAAAACAUUACUAAUUUUGAUAUCUGCCUCUGUAUGUAUCCUAUUUAUUGGAUGCAUCUGCAUUUUCAUAUUGACAAAUGGUGUGUCAAAGGAAAUGAAAUUAAGAGCAGAGCUCAUAACUCACUUAGAUGCAAGAAGGAAGGCAGAGGCAUCAAGCAACUACAAAAGCCAGUUUUUAGCAAACAUGAGUCAUGAAUUGAGGACACCUAUGGCAGCUGUGAUUGGAUUGCUGGACAUUCUAAUAUGUGAUGAUUGUAUCACAAAUGAGCAAUAUGCUACAAUUACCCAGAUUCGUAAAUGUUCAAUGGCUUUACUCCGGCUUCUAAACAACAUUUUGGAUAUCAGUAAGGUUGAAUCUGGAAAACUGGUGCUGGAAGAAACCGAGUUUGAUUUGGGGCGAGACCUUGAAGGACUUGUUGAUGUCGAAUCUGGAAAACUGGUGCUGGAAGAAACCGAGUUUGAUUUGGGGCGAGACCUUGAAGGACUUGUUGAUGUAUACUCUGUUCAGUGCAUUAAUCACAAUGUGGAGACUGUCCUAGAUCUCUCUGCGGGCUACAUUAUACUGCGAGGGUGGUGUGAGAAUCCAAAUAAUUCUAGCAACACCAGGAAGUUUCCCAUCAAUCACAAGGACUCAAGGUCUGCACCCAAAAUGAAAUUGAAGCGACAGGGAAGCCAUGAAAAAAGAUCUAGCAAGAAAGAUAACAAAAUGGUUCUUUGGUUCGAAGUUGAUGACACAGGCUGUGGUAUUGAUCCAACCAAAUGGGAAUCUGUGUUUGAAAGCUUUGAGCAAGCUGAUCCUUCAACAACUCGAUUGCAUGGUGGUACCGGUCUUGGCCUAUGCAUUGUUCGAACCUUGGUCAACAAGAUGGGUGGAGAAAUCAAAAUUGUGAAAAAGGAUGGACCUGGGACUCUAAUGCAACUAUGCUUAUUUCUAAGCACACCUGUAGAUGUGCCAGGGCAGCACUGUCAUCUAAACUUUGCAGAACAUAACUUGAAGGUAUUGCUUGCACUAAAUGGCAGAAUGAUCAGGUUGAUCAUGUCCCGAUGGUUACAAAAAAGUGGAGUUCAAACCUGGGAAGCAUCUGAGUGGAAUGAACUGACACGGAUUCUUCAGGAACUCUUUCAAGCCGAAAUUUAUUCUCCAAGUUCACCAAGUGAAUAUUCAGAAGCUGAAGAUUUAAAUGUACAGGAUAUGAGAACCUCAGUUCUCAUUAUAGUUACUGAUAUUGGGCUACUUGAUUUAAGAACAGAAAUAUGGAAGGAACAGCUCAACUUCCUUGACAAAUACUGUGAGAGAGCAAAGUUUGCGUGGAUAUUAAACCAUGACACCUCCAAUACCAUUAAGAUGGAGCUCCGCAGCAAAGGACAUUUGUUGAUGGUUAACAGACCACUAUACAAAGCAAAAAUGAUUCACAUUCUGGAAGCUGCCAUUAAGGAGAGAGAUCUUGACCUGCAAAAGAAAAUUAAUGCUUUAAGCUCUACAAUAGUGGAAGUUGGUUUGCAUGAAUGUGUUGAAACUGGUCCUGGUCACUCUGAUGUAGCCAGCUCUGAUGAUUCUGAUAAGUCAGAAAUAGGAAGUUCUAAUUUUAUAACUGCCUGUCAUACUAAAGAAAAACAGAGAGAACAUCUCACUAAACCCCCUCCCUCACUAUACAGUGCAGUUAACAACUGCUUUAUUGAGUUAACUCAAGCAUAUUCAAAAGAAAAUGACACGAGAGCGGAUGAUAUAGGACACAUGAGAUCCCCCUUAGAUGAAAAUUCUAGGUGCCAGGAACAACAUUUGGCUGGCAGUUUUCCUAAAGAGCAAGUUAGUUUGCUUCCGAGCAAAGCUGUGAAUGGACAGAAAUCGCUUGAAGGGCUGCGCAUUUUGCUGGCAGAAGACACACAAGUACUUCAGAGAGUUGCAACCAUAAUGCUUGAAAAAAUGGGGGCUACAGUCGUGGCAGUGGGAGAUGGAUUGCAAGCAGNCAUGAGAUCCCCCUUAGAUGAAAAUUCUAGGUGCCAGGAACAACAUUUGGCUGGCAAUUGUCCUAAAGAGCAAGUUAGUUUGCUUCCAAGCAAAGCUGUGAAUGGACAGAAAUCGCUUGAAGGGCUGCGCAUUUUGCUGGCAGAAGACACACAAGUACUUCAGAGAGUCGCAACCAUAAUGCUUGAAAAAAUGGGGGCUACAGUCGUGGCAGUGGGAGAUGGAUUGCAAGCAGUGGAUGCUCUAAAAAUGAUGCUUAGUGAAGAUCAGUGUAAAAGGGGAUAUUCCCUGGAGGAUGGUGACACAAUUACCACCCAGACACAAGGAUGCAAUUCUCCAGCGUACGACUUGGUCCUUAUGGAUUGUCAAGUAAGAUAUCUGAAGAAAAGGCAUAGUUUCUCUCUUAAGUUUUUUACCAUUAAGUUAAAGGAAUUGGGGAACGAGGAAAUCAUAACCUCUGCACGNGACACAAUUACCACCCAGACACAAGGAUGCAAUUCUCCAGCGUACGACUUGGUCCUGAUGGAUUGUCAAAUGCCAAAGAUGGAUGGUUAUGAAGCAACGAGAGCAAUCAGAAAGUCAGAAGUGGGAAAGGGUUUGCACAUCCCCAUUGUUGCACUGACUGCCCAUGCAAUGUUAUCAGACGAGGCCAAAUGCUUGGAGGUGGGUAUGGAUGCUUAUCUAACUAAGCCAAUUGACUGCAAGUUGAUGGUUUCCACCAUUCUUUCCUUAACCAAGACCAGGGCAGCCUAA